AUGACUUUCUCUGUGGCUUUUGCAUACUUACAGUAUGAGAGGCCCGAUAACUAUGCGUGGGUGUUAGCUACAUUGCGUGAUGUCAUGGAUGGUUUUGUUUUGCCAGCGAUUAUUGUUAUUGAUAGAGAGCUAGCCUUAAUGAAUGCCAUACAGAAGAUAUUCCCGAGUGGUAGACAUUUAUUAUGUCAUUGGCAUAUCAGUAAUAAUGUAUUGACCAAAUGCAAGAAAAUGUUUGAGACACGACAGAAAUGGAAGAAGUUCAACCAUGAGUGGAACUCUUUAGUGUAUUCAUCUUCUGAAAUUCAAUACGAUGAGCAUCUUAAAUCAUUACUUAAGGAAUUCAGUAGUUAUCCUGAUGCAGUCAACUACGUCAUGGAUACUUGGUUGGUUCCUUACAAGGAGAAAUUUGUAGCGAUAUGGACAUACAUGGAGCUACGGGGUAAUGUGUCUAUCUUUGCAUUAGAGUAUCUGCUUGUAAAGAGUAAGAGAGCCAAUUCCAUUAGUAUUGAUGCUGAAGCUUGUGGAUGCGUCCUUCGCCACACUCAUGGUUUACCUUGUGCCCAUGAGAUUGCUGACUACAUCAGACAAGAUCGUCCUAUACCACUUGCUACCAUGCACUCACAGUGCAGGCAGCUUCAUAUCUCCAUAUGCAACAAAGAAGAGGAAAUAGAGGUGACUUGUCGUGCAAAAGUAGAGUUGUUUGUGAAAAAGUUCAAUGAAAGUGAUAGAACCAUGCAGUUGGAGCUUUUGAAGAAGUUGAAAGAGAUUGUAUGUCUGGGAAGCACUUUUCUUGUUGAGCCGGAGGUGAAGCCCAAAACACAUCCUUGGGAUCAUAAGAAGAUCAUUGUUUCUACCCGUCGUGACCCGUGUGCAUUUGAGUUGGUGCAAUCUGGACAUGAUUCCUUCUCACCUAGGGACACUCAAAUCACAACAUUAGCGUCUACUCUGGAAAUCAAGAAGAAGCGACCUGUUAAGGGAAAGGAGAAGGUGAAAGCGAAGGGGAAGGUGUACAUUACUAGAAUAGUGAAACAUGGUGCAUAUGUUGAUGCUUUCCCUUUUGGGUUGAAACCAUACAUUAAGUUUGUCAAGGAUGUAGCUGUAGAUGGGAAUUGUGGUUUCAGGGCUAUAGCUGCUUCAAUUGGUCAUACAAAAGAUGAUUGGACUCUGGUUAGGCGUGAUCUUUUGGGUGAGCCGCACACACACAAAGAGGAAUACAUUACACUUUAUGGGUCCUACGAAAGAUUUGAAGAAUUGACAAGCAUAUUGUCAUACUUUGAAGACAGUCCUGGAUACUCACAUUGGAUGACUGUGCCAGACAUGGGGCAUCUUGUUGCAUCGUGCUACAAUCUUGUGUUAUACCAAUUGUCAUUACAGCAAUGUCUCACCUUUUUACCUCAGAGAACAGUGCCAGUACCUAAACUUGAUAGACGUGAGAUUGCCAUUGGGUUUGUCAAUGGAAAUCAUUUCAUCCAGGUAUCUUUCCGUUCCACGCGGGGCUAUGGCUCGAUCGUCGCUAGGGAGUGGUAUGUGGAGCUCCAAGAUACUGUUCGUCAUAUGGUUGAUGAGGCAGGUUGUACACUGCACACAGCACACCUUACAUUCGGUAUUCUACAUUCUAUAUUCAGCGUUCUGUAUUCUCGAUUCUAUAUUCUGAUGGCUAUUGCCCUAUUUUCCACAGCUAUGGGUUUACGCAUACUUUCUGACGCUAGCCCCGGAGCUCGAGGUGGAGGUGCCUCUUGUGAUUCCUUACUCUCACGUAUUUGA